GUCGCAUCUCUCCCCCAACGCGGCCUGCGAGCGCUCAGGGAUUGGUGUGCAGACGGAGGUGGACCUGCUUCGUCUGGGAUCCAGCACUCCACCCCCAUCUCCACCUUCUGCGGAGGAUCCGAACGGUUGGUCAGCUGUUUCCAGCCCACUUUGAGGACAUAAUUCCGCUCAGGGUUUUGGUCCCUUUGGUGAUGCCUCCUGACUGGAGCCGCUCCGGGACGCACCCGAACCGAACAGGUUCACCUGUUUUACAUGACCAAAGACUUUGUGAAAGUUGUUUGCUCGGAAAAAUGAAGGAAAACUAAACUUUUGGAUGUUCAGAGCUUUUUAUGUCGAGAGACUAUCAGAGCCCAGGGAUGGAAAGAUCAUUUUGGAUCACACGGUUUCAUCUCAGGGGUUAGACAGAGCCACACGAUGCCGCAUCCACCUCUUAGGUUACUGUGUUUGUGGCUGUGCAGCGAGGCCGUCGCGAGUCAACUCCACUGGCAGAAAACAAAGACGACUUUCAGUCCUCAUUAUGAAUCCACCGCCGCUGACAGGAAUGCGCAGAGCCAGAGAUGGCGCACAGUCAGCGGGGAGGACAAUGGGGGGUCGCGCGGUGCGAGUGCACAGGCCUCGUGGCUGGAUGCUGUAAACCGGUCGUCCUCUGAGCUGCUGGGAACAGAGGUACACCGGCGCGCGGUGCGUAAAAGCGACGCGCAAAAUGGAGCUCAGCACAUCCAACUUAUAUCCGGAGAGGAAGCUUUACGCGCGGACGGACACAAGGCCGGUGCGCCGCGGAGAGGUGGAUGCAGUCCGGGAGAAGUGCUUAAACAAACCCGGCAUGGACCAACCUGCAGCCCUAGGAGGAACGGCCACAGUCGGCGACAGAGGCGGAGUGCAAAACCCGACAGAAGCGAGCCGGCACAGAAUGGAGCCGCGGCCGCGAGGGAGGCUCUGCCCGCGGCCAUGGCGCAGGAGCAAGAGGACGGCGCGCCUUUCGGACUCAACACUAGCGACUAUGAGGAGGAGUACUCUCUGCCGGACUAUCCCGACACCACGCCGUUCGUGCCGGUGAACACGCGGACCAGACGCAAGCAGGUGAAGAACCCGUUCUACCCGGUCACCGCAGAGUCUUACGGGGCGUACGCGGUCAUGAUCACCGCCGUCAUCAUCUUCACCGUGGGAAUCAUCGGGAACGUGUCUGUUAUGUGCAUCGUGUGUCACAACUAUUAUAUGAGGAGUAUCUCCAACUCUCUGCUCGCCAACCUCGCGCUGUGGGAUUUCGUUAUCAUCUUCUUCUGCCUGCCGCUCGUGGUGUUUCACGAGCUCACCAAGAACUGGCUGCUGGGAGAGUUCUCCUGCAGGAUCAUCCCGUACCUGGAGGUGGCGUCUCUCGGGGUCACGACCUUCACGCUGUGCGCUCUGUGCAUCGACCGUUUCCGAGCCGCCACCAACGUACAGAUGUACUACGAGAUGAUCGAGAACUGGGCGUCCACCACGGCCAAGCUCGCCGUCAUAUGGGUGGGCGCUCUGCUGCUGGCGCUGCCCGAGCUGCUGAUCCGACAGCUGGUCACAGAGGACGGCGACCCGCCUGACGUGACGCCGUGCGAGCGCUGCGUGGUCCGGAUCUCCACCGAGCUACCGGACACGCUGUACGUCCUGGGACUCACCUACGACGGCGCACGACUCUGGUGGUACUUCGGCUGCUACUUCUGCCUGCCGACGCUGUUCACCAUCUGCAGCUCCCUGGUCACUGCUCGCAAGAUCCGUCGUGCCGAGCGCGCCUGCGUCCGCGGCAGCAAAAAGCAGAUCCAGCUGGAAAGCCAGAUGAACUGCGCUGUCGUGGCGUUGGCCAUCCUCUACGGCUUCUGCAUCAUCCCGGAGAACAUCUGCAACAUCAUCAGCGUGUACAUGGCGGCCGGCGUUCCCAGGAGAACCCUGGACAUCCUGCAUCUGGUCAGCCAGCUGUUGCUCUUCUGUAAGUCCGCGGUGACGCCGGUGCUGCUGUUCUGCCUGUGCCAGCCGUUCACCAAAGCCUUCCUCGACUGCUGCUGCUGCUGCUGCGACGAGUGCGGCCCACCUCGGUCCCCCGCCACCGCCACCAGCGACGCCGACAACGAGUGUACCACCACCGACCUGGAGCUGUCUCCGUUCGGCACCAUCCGAAGGGGGGCGUCCACCUCCGCCGCCGCCUACGCUGCUGUGGGGACACACUGCUGAGGUCAAAGGUCAUCAGAGCUUGCCCUGGGUCGUUCUUUGAUCGGUGGACGCGUUGACAGAUCAGGCGACAAAUUCCUGGAGGGGAAACGACCCAGAGAGACGUCCCUGUCCGUCCACUUACUGUUUACAGAAUUUAAAUAUGAAAGAACAUAGUCAUUAUUAAUUAAUAGCAUCUAUUUGUUUAGUUUUUUAAUUAACUCACAAGUAUCUUCACUGAGUCUGUGAGACGUGUCACUGCCCCUUUUCUUUAUUUCAGGCGUCUGUAAUUUCUCACAUUUCCUUCUGAAACAUUUUUUUAGUUAGUUUAGUUCGUUGUUUUGAAUUUAUAAGCAUCUGUUUCUCCAUUUAAGCCCAAGUAAAUAUUCGUUUAUUAUUCAUUGUUAAUUGGAAACAUUAUUCUCCAUUUAUUUUGCAUUAUAAUUUGGGUAUUUACCCAUCAAACCCGGCUUCUGUUUUCCCUGUAAUUGCGGUAGCACCAAACUGCCGAGUUGUUCCCAGGAACCUUUCUGGAGAUAACAGAGGUCAGAGGUCGGACAGCGUCAGCUUAAACUGCUGCUUUAGGAAAAACGUUAUCGUCACCCACAGCGGCUGUCAGCAUCUGUAGUUUUGUUCUUCCGAAUGUUCUUUUUUCUUUUCUUUGUGUGAGUGAGCUAAAUGAGACGAACAGUAAGAUAUAUUUCAAAUGUAUAGAUGCUGAGUUGUGUUAGCUGGUUGUCGUGAAUCAGUUCUGUUUGUGUGAGUGUUUUGUUCUUCACUCGGUGUUUGAUAGCAGAAAUCUGCACUUCACUCAGUCUGUAAUGUGACAGAGUUUUUUUUUUCUUUUGCCACAUGA